AUGGCAACAUCUAUUCACAGUGGCAAUUCGAGCCGACACCAAUACAAUGCGGCAGUGGAAGGGUUAAGAGAAACCGAGUUUCCAAUGAUUAAAGGUUCUAUAUAUCUUGAUCAUGCUGGCUCAACAUUAUGCUCAAAGUCCUUGAUGGACUCUUUCGCUCAUGAGAUGACCACUGUUCUUUACGGCAACCCCCAUUCCGCUUCACAGUCCUCACAACAAUCGACAUCACGCGUUGAAGAUGCUCGAAUGAAUUUAUUGACUUUCUUCGGUGCAGACCCAGCUGAGUAUGAUGUGGUGUUUGUCGCCAAUGCUACUGCUGGCGUAAAGUUGAUUGUGGAUGCUAUGAGAACUCAACCACAAGGCUUCCAAUAUGCCUAUCACCAGGCCUGCCAUACCAGCCUGGUCGGAGUUCGGGAAGAAGCUGUUGCUAGUAUAUCUAUCGACAACAACGAUGUUAGUUCAUGGUUGCGAGGACAAUCCCCGUUCCAAGACAUGAAGAACUCAUCACCAACAACCCUUUUUGCCUACCCUGCCCAAUCUCACAUGGACGGAAAGAGAUAUCCUUUAAGCUGGACAAAACACAUACAAACAACACCACAGAACACUGGGCACCGAAUACUUACACUUCUGGACGCAUCUUCGUUUGUUGCCACAUCUCAUCUUGAUUUGAGCAACUCCCAAAUCUCACCCGACUUCACUGUUCUAAGUUUGUACAAGAUAUUUGGAUUCCCCGAUCUAGGUGCUUUGCUAGUAAAGCGCUCUUCAGAAUGGGUGUUUAAUAACCGAAAAUACUUUGGAGGUGGCACUGUCGACAUGGUUGUUUCUGGAAAGGAAAAGUGGCAUGCUCCGAAAUCAUAUUCUCUCCACGAGCGACUAGAGGAUGGGACGCUACCUUUUCAUAAUAUAGUGGCACUUGACAUCGCCAUGAAAGUACACCAAAAGCUUUUCGGGUCAAUGGAUCAAGUCAGUUCACAUACUUCAUACCUCGGUCAACGAAUGCUUCAAGGGUUAAGCAACAUGCGCCAUGCCAAUGGCACGCCUGUUUGCGUGAUGUAUACAGCAACGUCUGGCGACGAAGAAGGUCUUGGAAAUGGCCCAAUUAUUUCUUUCAAUCUAAGGAAUAGCCACGGUGCUUGGAUUAGUCUGGCUGAGUAUGAAAAGCUUGCGAAUCUGAAAAAUAUUCAUAUCCGAACAGGUGGACUCUGUAGUCCAGGAGGCAUUGCCUCAGCACUUGACCUACAACCUUGGGAAAUGAAGAACAAUUUCUCGGCAGGCUUUCGUUGCGGAACAGACAAUGAUAUUAUGUCUGGCAAGCCAACGGGUGUCAUUCGAGCAAGUUUAGGAGCUAUGAGCACCGAGGCAGAUGUUGACAACUUUGUUGCAUUCAUUGAUGAAUUCUAUCGAGAAAGCACAUUAUCGACCGUCUCAUCGCACUUAACCCUCCCAAAUUCAACUGUCACACCGCAAUCGCCCACGCUAAAGGUUAAUAGCAUGACUAUUUACCCUAUUAAGAGUUGCUCUGGCUAUUCUAUCCCUUGUGGGGUACCUUGGGAAGUUCGUCCCGAAGGUUUGGCUUGGGACCGUGAAUGGUGUUUGGUACAUCACGGUUCAGGGCAUGCCUUAAGCCAAAAACGAUGUCCAAAAAUGGCUCUCUUGCGACCGAUAUUGGAUUUCGAUAAAGGCGAACUGGUUAUCACAUAUCAUGGCAAGGGGCAUAAUGAUCAGCAACAGCGGAUAUCCAUACCACUAUCUGCGAACCCUUCUGUCGUUGAUUUAAACUUGAACAAAGGAUCCUCGAGGGUAUGUGGUGAGAAGGUAACCACACAGAUAUACACGUCCGAAAAGAUCAACUCCUUUUUCUCCGCUGUGCUAGGGGUGCCUUGUGUCCUAGCACGUUUCCCCCCAGGUGGAUCGGGCUUGAAAAGUCGCCUUUCGAAAGCCCAGAUACAAAGAUAUCAGCAACCGAGCAGGCUCCAUACUAUACCAGGCUCUUUCCCAGACGUGCCUUCGCCCCCUGACUCGGAUACUGAACAGCAAAAGGCAUCAAAGAUACUCCUCUCAAACGAGAGCCCUAUCUUGAUGAUCCACAGCUCGAGUGUGGAUGCUCUGAAUCAGGAGAUCACCAAUUAUGGUGGGAACCCUGCAGAAGAUAAAUCUUUCAGAGCAAAUAUCGUUCUUGGACAAGCUCAUGGUUUUAAAGCCCUACCGGCCUUUUCCGAAGAUAGCUGGGAUUAUGUUCAUAUUGGCCUUCAGAGCUUCAAGCUUAUGGGUGCGUGCCGCAGGUGUCAAAUGGUUUGUAUAGACCAAGAUACUGGUGAAAAGAAAGAAGAGCCAUUUGUGACACUUGCUAAGACGAGACGGUUUGAUGGCAAAGUUUACUUUGGCGUACAUAUGCGCCAUGACACUUCUGCAUAUGGGGAUCUAACGAGCAAGGAAUCACAAUAUCCUACGAUCCAGGUUGGAGAUCCCGUAUCAGUGCAGCACCAUAGGUGA